AUGGAGGCUUGGCAGAGCAUUAACAAACAUAAGAAAGACAGUACAACUGAGUCGAAAGAAAGUAUCGAUCUUAGGGAAUUGUCUCGUCUCAAAUCACGAAUGCAGGCUCGAGAAAGCACUGAGAAACAUGAGCAACACAGCACAACUGAGUCGGAAACAAGUAUGAAACCUUUCAAAUCGAUCAAUCCCAAAGCAAUCAAGCAUGAUGUUAACAAUUCAUCAAGUGACGCAUACGAAGAAGGCUUACUUGCUAGUGAUAGCUCAUCUGGUACAUCUACAAGUUCAAGUUCUAGAAUUGUCAUCAAGUUAUCUGCCGAACGUUUAAUUUCGCAAAAAGGAUUGAGGAAAGACUACCUUAAGGAAUGCUAUACUAAAUAUAACGGCUUUGAACUUCAAACUUCGUGCUUGGAAUUUCGUGUGGAUUUAAGUGAGCUCGAGCACGAGUUUGGUAAAAAAGUAGCAAGGCAAAAAACAAGUAUUUCAGAAUAUUCUUUCAGUCACAUUCGCCAGUCACUGCUAAUAGGACGAUCAUUUACUUUUUCUCUCAUGGGCCGUGUAUACAAUGAAAAGUUAAUCUACUAUGCAAUAAUUGAAGUUGGUGCUGAUGUCAACAAAACUGAUAAGGAUGGCAAAACAGCUUUGUUCUAUGCUCUAUCGAAUGAUCAUGAAAAGGUAGCCCAUGCACUGAUUGAAUCUGGUGCUGAUGUCAACAUAACUGACAAGGAUGGCAAAACAGCUUUGUUCUAUGCUCUAUCGAAUGAUCAUGAAAAGGUAGCCCAUGCAAUGAUUGAAGCUGGUGCCAGUGUAAACAAGGUUGACAAGGAUGGCAAAACAGCUUUGUUCUAUGCUAAAUGGAAUGAAAAGCUGGUGCUGAUGUCAAUAUAG